GUGGCUGCCGCAAGACUCCGUGCUCGUUCGCUUCGUGGAUGACCCGACGCUUUUGCACUAUAGGCUUGUGCUGCUUUGCCAAGGCGGGGACCGUUGCCUGGUGGCCACGCCAGAUCGAGACAUAAACGAUGUGCUCUUGGUCGAAGGCGAGGUGUUCUCGGAGGUGAGGCGGAUGCAACUUGGGCGGCUCCCUCGUGGCGUUCGUGAGGGGGAGACUUAUCUUCCGAGACAUAGUCCUGAUGGCGAGUUUAGCCCGGAUGAGAUUCUUCAGCUGCACCUGGUGGCACAGAAGCGUGUGCGAGAUGAAGGGCGACGAGUGCGGAUCUCCGGUAAAGUUGGGCCCGAGGGCAUUGACUUUUUGCCUAGUGAAAGGGCGAAGGUGAAGGCCGCGCCGAUGCCGGAAACUCGCACUGAGCAGCCCAAUGAGUCUUCGGGCUUCGUUUGGCUUCUGGCUUUUUCUUCGAGCAAACCCUCGGCCGCAGGAGAAGAGCUAGUCCUUCCUGCCGGGGUGGAUGUACUUACAGUGGGCGGGGAGAAGUACGCACUUUUCUUGAGCGAGGAUGCUAGCCAGGGGGUGGUGUUGGCUCGCCGCUUUGCACGAGAAAGCGUGGAGGCAGGGCGAGCGCUUUUGAAGUCCACAGGCUCCGGGAGCUCGAGCAGGGAUGUUCGAGUUCUUCCUGUUCUUUACGAUGUUGGUGAUGAACGCUGGCGCACUCUCCAGGAGGCCAUCGGCGAGAUUGAAGAGGUCGAGUUUGAAGAUUUUCCUUUACAAGGUCCAAGGACGAUGUUCAGAGAUCUUCGGCAACUACGCCGUUCCGGGCUCGACUUUCUGCUGCGUCACGAGGCUUGGCUUAAGAAGUCCGGUGUGCGCACAACGGACCGCUCGGUGCACGAGCACGCGAGUAUAUGCCGGGCCCUCAACUGGAUGCUAUCAUACGACCAAUUGAAUCUCGCGGCCUUGGCCAGCGCGGAGGCGCUAAACAGGCGCCGCACUUUAAUUGAGUUUGCGCAUCAAGGCAGACCGGAAGCGCCCAGCUACGAAGGAGCUGAGGACUUCUUAGGAGUCCGCGAGAGCGCGGACGGGUCCAUCAUAGACCCGGCCCUGACGCAACACGCUGCGAGGAGGGCUGCAUCGAAAGCCGAGGUGUUGAAGCAACAGAGGCUGGCCUCCGAGGAGAAGAAGCAUCGACGGCGCCUGGUUACCGGCGACGAGGAUGGGGAUGCAAUCGAGAAGCCGAAGCCGAAGGCCAAGAUCAAGCCAGGAGGGCUCAGCAGAGAGUGGGACUUCGACAUUUUGCGCUGCGAAGGGCUGGAGCAUCAGUGCGCUGCCUUAAUCAGCUGGCUGGUUUCCCAGAUGAGCGGAGCUGGCCUAUUUUUCCAAAGAACAGGGCGCAGGCGGCAAGCCAAAGACAUAUUGUACAGUGUCAUUUGCAACGGCCCCGACCUGUGGAAAGAAUGUCCGAACAAGAAGCGCUUCGGCAGCUUCUGGCAAAAAGGGCUGGUUACGGAGACAGCCCAGGAAGUCUCGCAAGGGCAGCAGAGGCCCGUGUCUCUGGGGCAAAUCUUGCCCAAGGAAGAUGCGGAGAGGCUGAAGGAUUUUGAAGAAAAGAUGCUUCUUUCUCCAGAGGAGAGGGCGGCAGUGAUCGAACGGGGUUUUUCCGAUGAGUGCUUCUUGGAUCCUGUGUUGCAGCACAACGUCAGGGAGUACCAUCGCUUCAUUGCCGAGCUGUAUGCCUGCAACCUGCUUCAUUUCACUUGCAGCCCAAAAGUACAGAUAGGAGCUUUCGCAGUUACAAAGAAAAACGGCAAACAGAGGCUUAUCAUUGACGCAAGACGUACAAACAGACUCUUUCGCACACCACCCUCAACAUUGCUCGGGUCUGUGGACACAUGGACUCGCCUGGAGGUGCCACGGGAUGCAGACGUGUUUGUUGCUCAAGAGGAUGUGAAAGACUACUUUUAUCGUCUGGGCAUACCUUUGGCAUUAGGUGAGUUUUUCAGCUUGCCGGCGAUUGACCCGCAGGUCUUGAUGGAGAUCAUGGGCACAAUUCCGCAGGAAGUAGCAGAGCUGUUGGACACACAUGAGGCCCACACUUACCUGGCAAACCAAGCUCUCCCGCAGGUGAAGCUCUUGCGCGAUCGUUCGGUGGCUCCUCGUUUACAAUCUUCAGGUGGAGACGGGUUGACAGCUAUGCUCAUCUAUGCUGACAAUAACAAUCAUGUGGGAAUUGACCGGGAUGCAGUGCAGUCGGACCAGGAUUUAGUCAUGGAAAUAUUGCACAAGUGCGGUCUUGCCACACAUGACGUGGAGGCACCAAGCAGCCUCGCCGAGAGCCUUGGGGUUCGCAUCGAUGGCCUCAGCGGGACUGUGGGGCCCACUCCCAAGAGGGAUUGGCGCUUGGAUCGAGCCUUAGGUGCCUGCAAUGGUCGGGUUAAGUUAUCCGGAAAGGAGCUGCAAGUCAUUGUGGGGCACAUUACAGUUCGUGCACUCUUGCAUCGGGGUCUCAUGGGGAUCAUGCGACACUGCUAUGCCUUCAUUGAGCAGAACUAUGAGGUUCGCACAGCUUUGUGGGGGAGCGUGAGGCAGGAGCUUUACAUGUUUCGACACCUCAUGUCACUGGGGCAAGGGAGCAUCAAACAAGAGUGGGGCCCCACCAUGUAUUGCACCGACGCCUGUUUGAGUGGUUAUGCGGUGAUGUCGAGCGUGCAGGGGGAGGCGACUGUGAGAGAGAUCGGCCGAAACGAUGAGAGGUGGCGCUUCCGGCUGGGCGAGGGCUACGUAAACGCACCGAGGCGCCAGGCCCUUGACACCGCUGGAGUGUUCUCGGAUCCUCUCACAGUCCUUCCAGAAGUAGAUGGUGAAGUGCCUCGACCCGUGGAGGUGUCACCCCUUUUUCCCGAUGUAUUGCCCGAGGUCAUGGACGCCAGUCGAUGGUCGAGAACAUGGUGCACACCCAUCCAGCACCAGGAGCCCGUGCAUAUGGUUGAAGCUAGGAGCAUUCUCGGCGCUGUCAAGCAUAUCGUCAGGGACAGCCGCACACAUGGCCAGAAGCACGUGAUCCUAAAUGAUAACAUGGGGGUUGUGUUGGCUAUGCAGAAGGGCAGGACCCGAGUGCAUGUAAGAUGGAUACCCUCAGAGAUGAAUGUGGCUGAUAAGGAGUUUUUGGUUCUUCGGAUUUUCGUUUUCCUUCCCGAUGCCAUGUCACGACCGGGGACUGCAAAGCGAAAGGUGGAUGUGCUCACCAGAGAAGAGGUCAGGGCGACCAACCAGCGACUCCAGAAGGGGGGUCGCAACACGACCCCGCCACGGUCGGGAUCAUCGCUGAGACCUUCGCCGAUGAGGGAGAUGCGCAGCCACCCGAAGCUGAAUCUGAAGGACUUGGUAGCCACACACAAGAAGAGGAAGGAGAAAGCCGUGCAGAGGAGGCGGAAGUACGAGAUGCGUCUGAGAGCCACUCGCGGGGAACAGGGGCUGCUGGAGAUGCAUUCCAUAAAGGAGCCCCAGCGGCGCGACUACUUGCAGAAGUUGGACGGUUUUUACAGCUUCAUCGUCCAGUACGAGAUCCCGACCUCCACCGAGGGACAGUUGGACGCAGCCUUGUGCGAGUACGCAGACCUGCUGUACCUGGACGGGUACGGGAGCAACUACGGGGAGAAGCUCAUGGCGGCGAUCGAGUACACCCGGCCGGAGUUCGCUCGCGCCGGCACCUUGCACCUGCCACGUUUCAGGCGGUCUCUGAAAGGUUGGAGGCGUUUGGCGCCCAGUCAGGUGAGGAUGCCAAUGCUCGAGUUCCUGAAGUCCGCCGUAAGUGGUUUGAUGCUUGUCAUGGGAAAGAAGGAGAUGGCUUUGUACAACGAGGUCACUUUCUCGACCUACGCUCGCCCAGGAGAGAUGCUCCGCGUGGGAGCCAUGGACGUGGUGAUGCCCACAAGGGAGCAGGAGCAUGCAAUCAUCGUCUUGGGCCCCAUGGAGAGGGGAGAAUCCUCGAAGGCAGGGGUUUUCGACGAGGUCCUCAUCUUGGACGAUGUGAGGGCCCCUUUCAUUCCAGCACUUCUGAACCAUCUGGCCCGUCAGAGGACAAAGGCAGAUGGGGAGGAGGCGAGCUUGUGGACGUUCAGCGCCAAGGACUACCUCACUGUGUGGAGAACGUGUGUAUCCACAUUGGGGAUCGAGAGUUUGGCGAUAAGAGUUGGUGAAUGCGCUAGAGCUUUCGCAAACCAAGGGGGCACAGCCGCUGUGAUCGACUUGGAGACGAGCAUAGAAAAUGACCUCAGAGAGGGAAACCAGGAUCAGGACUGCCUGAACCACUGCGCGGAGCUCAGGGUCGAAGUCUUUUCGGUUUACCUCAUCUUUGCG